AUGGCAAAACGCCCGAACUUUCUCGUCAUUGUCGCAGACGACCUUGGGUUUUCAGAUAUCGGCUGCUAUGGCUCAGAGAUCCAGACCCCUGUGCUGGACAAGCUUGCCAACGAGGGAAUUCGAUUUAAUGACUACCAUACGGCAGCGGUGUGCUCACCAACGCGCUCUAUGCUGUUAAGUGGAACUGAUUGUCACCUGGCUGGUCUUGGAGUAAUGUCUGAAUUCCGGACGGUAGAUCCCGAGCGAUACAACAUUCCUGGCCAUGAAGGCUACAUGAAUCAUGAUAUCGCGGCUCUUCCAGAAGUACUCCAAGAUGCUGGAUAUUUCACAGCCAUGGCUGGGAAAUGGCACCUUGGAUACAAGGACCAAUUUGGUCCUCAUUCGCGUGGAUUUGACCGAAGCUUUGCAAUGCUGCCAGGGUGUGCCAAUCACUUCGGUUGGGAACCAGCUUGGAAUAAAGAACCAGGCGGACAGCGACCUGCAAAGUUUGUCCCCGGACAUUCAGCACCACUUUACACAGAAGAUGGUGCUCGUUAUAUGCCGGACCCCAACGUACAGAGCGACCCUGUAAAAGGCUUCUACAGCUCCAAAACCUAUGCGGAGACCUUGAUCAAAUAUUUAGAUCAAAGAAAUGGGAAACCAUUCUUUGCCUUUCUUCCGUUUGGGGCGCCACACUACCCGUUGCAGUGUCCGGAGGCGGACCGAGACAAAUAUGCUGGCAUGUAUGACGCUGGACCUGAUGUUCUGCGAUCUCAAAGGCUUGAAGGGCUCAAAAAGGCCGGAAUAGUUGCAAAAGACGCCAUUCCACACCCUGUUGUCGCCACGACAGCGGAAUGGGACGCGAUGACUGCAGAAGAGAAGAAAAUGUCGUCCAAAGCAAUGGAGAUCUUUGCAGGGAUGGUAGAUGGAAUCGAUCAGGCGGUAGGUAAGGUUGUCAACUACCUUGAGCAGAUUGGAGAGAUGGACAACACUGUCAUCAUGUUUAUGAGUGAUAAUGGCGCAGAGGCAGCUGCCUGGGAAGGGAACGCUGCCAAUGGGCCCGACCUGUUGAAGACUAUCGAGGAUUACUAUGACAACUCGUACGAGAAUCUGGGCAAUUACAACUCUUUCUGUUGGUACGGUCCUCGCUGGGCUCAAGCAUCAACGGCGCCCGGUAGGUUGUACAAGGCAUACAACACAGAAGGGGGCAUUCGUGUGCCUCUUAUCGUGAGAUAUCCCAAAUUGCGCGGACACCCACCGGGUAGCAUUUCGGAAACAUUUGCGACAUGCAUGGACGUCAUGCCAACAUUACUCGACCUCGCGGGCAUCAAGCAUCCAAAUCAACUUUCGGGACUGCAAAAAGUCCCGUAUCGAGGUCAUAUGGUCUAUCCUAUGCGUGGAAAAUCAUGGGUGUCGCAUCUUGCCUGUAAGGCGCCGAUUUAUGGUGAAGAACCAGUAGGUUGGGAGAUGUUUGGCCGAGGCGCUCUCAGAAAAGGAAAGUGGAAGAUAAACUGGAUGACCAAAAAGGAUCAUGGCAAAGGCACCUGGGAGUUGCACGACUUGUCUCGGGAUCCUGGGGAGAACGUUGACUUGGCAGAACAGUAUCCCGAAAAAGUAAAGGAGCUGGUGGAUGAUUUCGACGUGUUUGUCAAGCAGACAGGCACAGUUUGGGGACUUCCACUUGAUAUGACUCAACCUCGGAAACCAUUGCCCCCAGACAUGAUUGGCGGUGACCCGAUAGCAGACCAACGAGCAUGGAUGGCAGUAGGAAAGGGCCAGCGGUUGAAGGCUUAA